GCGAUACUGGCCUUCCCGGCCAUGGCCACCCGGGCGGGGGCCGGGGCUGCGGUUGCCGGCGCCGCCGUUGUCGCGGUGCUCUCGGCCGCGCUCGUGCUCUACGGGCCGCCACUGGACGCAGUUUUAAAUCGAGCAUUUCCGCUGCAUACGGCACGCUCAGUGACGGACAUGGAGGCUGCUUUGCAGCUGGUGAGGAACGUGGUGCCUCCUCUGGCCGCCUGGCAGCACAAAGGGCAAGCUGGCAGGAUAGGCGUGGUGGGAGGCUGCCCAGAGUACACUGGAGCCCCCUAUUUUGCAGCAAUCUCAGCUCUCAAAGUGGGCGCGGACUUGUCCCACGUGUUCUCCACCCAGGAUGCCGCGGCUGUGAUCAAGUCGUACAGCCCGGAGCUGAUCGUUCACCCGGUUCUUGACAGCCCCAGUGCCGUCCAGGAUGUGGAAAAGUGGUUGCCCCGACUGCACGCCCUGGUCGUAGGGCCUGGCUUAGGCAGAGACGACGCUCUUCUCGAAAACGUCAAGGGCAUUUUGGAAGCGUCCAAGGCCAGGGGCAUCCCCAUCGUCAUCGACGCGGACGGGCUGUGGCUGGUCGCUCAGCAGCCGGCCCUCAUCCAAGGCUACCAGAAGGCGGUUCUCACCCCCAACCACAUGGAGUUCAGCAGACUCGCCGAGGCCGUGCUGGGAGACCCCCUGGAUGGCAGGGACCGCUGCAGAGCUGUGCUGAGUCUCAGCCGGGCCCUGGGCAACGUCACCGUGGUCCAGAAAGGGGAGCAGGACGUGAUCUCUGAUGGCGAGCAGGUGCUCACGUGCAGCCAGGAGGGCAGCGGCCGCAGGUGUGGCGGGCAGGGGGACCUCCUGUCGGGCUCCCUGGGCAUCCUGGCGCACUGGGCCCUCCUGGCCGGCCCCGAGAAGACCAACGGGUCCGGCCCGCUCCUCGUGGCUGCCUUCGGUGCCUGCGCGCUCACCCGGCAGUGCGCCCGCCAAGCCUUCCAGAAGCACGGCCGCGCCACCACCACCACGGACAUGAUCACGGAGCUCGGGCCCGCGUUCAGCAGACUCUUCGAAACCUCAGCCGGUGCAGACGGAGGGGUGGCCCCGACGGGGGAGCUGCGUUUGUGACGGGGCCCGCCUCCGGUCCGUCCGAGUCCGCGCCGUGCGGGUUGACGCAGACGGUGUCAGAGCUUGGAACGUAGCACUUUCUGGCUCAACUGCUGUGUGCCUGGAGAUGUUAUGAUAGGAAACAAAGUAUUCCUGAACUUUCUCAGCUUCUGGGCCAUAUCAGGAAAGAAUGAAGAGACUCACAUGACAGCGAGACCGUCUGUCACCAGCUCAGCUGAGGUCGUGGGCUUUUGCUGUGCGAUUCUUCUGUUUGCGAGAAGUUCCCCUCCUCCGGUAGUCCUCUCGGGGGGAUCCCAUCGCUCGUUUUCAAAGGUCUACGCGAAUGAUGUUUUCUUUCUUAAACUGAGGUCCCCGAAAGGAUGUAGUAUUCAUUCUUUAGCUCAUUUUUGUUUCUUUUUGAAUUGUGAUUCGGUUGGACACGUCUGGGCAGAAAUAUUAAGCAUUGCUUGUUUUGGUCAAUUGGUUGAAAUAUUUCAGAAUAAUUAGAAAUCUGUUAGAACUUGGAAACCCUUUUGGAGGCAGCUGGGAAGAUCACAGAAAGGAAGCGAAUGGGACCCUGACCCCUGAGUGCGCAGGUGGGGCCUCUGGGGUCCCUCACGCUCCCACUUCCCCUGGCCUGUGCGCCAGUCGGGUGCUGGCUGACAGGCCCCAGCGUGGCACAUGGGAGUGGGAGGGACGCCUGGGGCUCCGGGGUCGGGCGGGAGGUGGCACCCAGGUUGGGGGCACCAACACUGUCCUCACGCCUGCUCACGGGGCAGGACGGCGGGUUCCUCUGCUUCGAGAGUGGGUGUGGCUUCAGGAACGUUCUGAAGAAGUUCUCUCUGAAACUGUAGUGAGUCGUCCCGUCUGCAUCAGGUCAGCUUGGGAGCGGCUGUGUGAGCAGUUCUCUUCGUGGCCCGAGAGCUGGCUGUCUCCCGUCACACCUCUCUGCGGGGCUGGUUACAGCACGUGCGCCUGAGCGCACUCUCCGGCAUCCGUGCCGCCUUCUGUGGGGCGGGGCCUGGCCUGGCCUGGCCUGUCCGUCUGUCUGUCCUUCCCCAGUGACUCCUGCUCUGUGGUCAGAAACCUCCCCGCAGAAAGGUCCCACUUCCUCUAAAUAGUCGUGGACUUUCAAGAUUUCCUUUAAAAUGUUUACCAUUGUUAUUUCACAUCUAACUGUAGAAGAGUUUAAAAGUGUCACGGACGUUUUCUCCUUUGGGGAAUUACGCCUAAAUCAUGGUCUCUAUUAAAAAGCAGAUCUGGUUUACUUCAA